AUGUUAAAAGCACUCUCUACAUUCUAUCUAAAUCGAUAAACAUCAAUUGCUUAAUUUGCUAAGUAAAUCACAUUUGAUAAAUGGAAUGUAAUCAAAGGUGAUAAAGUUGUUAUUGUCUCUGGAAAAGAUUCUGGUAAAACAGGAACAAUUUUGAGAGUUUAUCGUAAAUCAAAUGAAGUACUUGUUCAAGGAAUCAAUUAAAAAUUUAAAAGAAAAUCUUUAUUAGAUGAUCCAUCAGCAUCUGGUAUUUAAUAAAUUACAAGACCAAUCCAUUUAAGUAAAGUAGCACUUAUUGAUCCUGAAAAAGGAAAACCAACUAAAGUAAUCAUAAAUUAUAGAAAUUAGGUUUAAAGAGGAUUUUUAGAAGAUGGUACACCUGUGAGAGUGUCAAAAUUGAGUGGAGCAAUUAUUCCAAAAUCAUUAGAUCCUGCUAAAUCACCAGCACAUAGACAUAGAAAUAAGGUAGAUGGUAUUAAAGAUACAUCUCCUGCUCUUGCAUUAUAAGUCACUUAUAAAGGAGAAGACUUUUCUGCAAUUAAAGCUGAAUUUGAUUCAUUCAUUGCUGAAAAAGAGAGAAAAGAGUAAUUAUUAUGGUUUGAUAAAUGAA